GCUGAUAGUUGAAUGUAGUAUUAAGGAUUGCUUUCCUUUUUCCGCAGUAGUUUUGAUCCUAGAAUGGCAACCUCAAUAUCACUUUUUGUUGUUUUGUCAUUGCUCAACUUGGGGUGCUUUUCCCAAAAAGAUGAUAGACUCGUCGUCAAUUUACCAGACGGUAAAGUAAGAGGAGCAGAAUAUUCGACUCCCAUAAACAACUUCAGCUAUGUUGGAUUUCUAGCUAUUCCUUAUGCAGAACCACCUGUGGGAGAUCUGAGAUAUGAAUCUUCCCGUCCUGCAAAACCGUGGAAAGGCAUCCUUAAUGCUACAAGAGAUGCCAAAUCUUGUAUAACGAGUGAUUCUUUGAUCGACCCUAGUGGUGAAAGCGAGGAUUGCUUGAAAAUUAAUGUUUACACACCAAGUUUGAAACCUGACCAUCCUCUUCCAGUAAUGGUCUGGAUCCACGGUGGAGCUUUUCGCAGUGGAAAAUCAGCCAAAUCCUUUUUCGGUCCCGACUACCUAGUGGAACAAAACGUCAUAAUCGUCUCUUUAAAUUACCGUCUGGGCCCACUAAGUUUUCUAGCAACUUCCGAUCACAAUCUUCCAGGAAAUUUAGGCCUAAAAGACCAAGUUUUAGCUUUGCAUUGGGUGCAAAGGAAUAUAGAAUUUUUUGGUGGCGAUAAAAAAAAAGUGACGCUGUUCGGACAAAGUGCUGGAGGAACAUCUACUGGGUUGCAUUUGAUUAGUAAAAGAUCUAGAGGUUUGUUUCGUGCUGCUAUCGUCCAAAGUGGUUCUGGGACCUGUCAUUGGGCAGUAGAUCAAAAUGCCAGAACAGUGGCUUUUAGGCUUGCUGAAUGGAUUCCUGGAGGAAACUAUGGCAAUGACACUGGGAAACUUAAGGCGUUUUUGAAGCAGAGGAGCGUGAUUGAAAUUAUGACUGCUUCGCAAAAUUUGCUGGAAAGCACCGUGAAUGAAUCAUUACCUGAAGGUAUUCAAGUUUGGCCAACUUUAGAGCCCGAAAGCGAAGAUGCAUUCAUGACAGAGUCACCCUAUGAAUUAUUGAAGAGGGGAGAGUUCAAUAAGGUUCCAUUUAUGAUAGGGGUAACUUCUGAGGAAUCCCUUUUGUACUUUAGGGGUUUAAAUCACGUCAAAGAAAUAGCCAUUAUGUACGAUCAUGAACCAGAAAGAGUUUUACCUUUUGAUUUGUAUCCAAAUUCAACUAAUGAAGCAAUAGCUGGUGAAACUAUCAGGAAUGCCUAUUUGGGUGGCAGAAAUAGACGAUUUGCUGAUCAUUUGGUUGCUUUCAUUGACUAUUUUUCAGAUAAUCAAUUUGUAAGAGGGGUGGUGAAACAAGGAGAUUUGGCAUCAGAAUAUGUUCCGGUGUAUUUGUACGAAUUUGCCUAUUUUGGUGGACGAAAUCUGACUGAUGCCUACGUUCCAGGUGCUGAAAAAGUAGCUCACGCAUCUGAGCUCCCAUACCUGUUUACCCAAGACGGAUAUAACAUAACAACAGAUCCAUUGGACGUUUUAACACAAAAGAGAGCCGUUAAACUUUGGACCGACUUUGCCAAAUAUCUAAAUCCAACUCCAGAAAAAUCCGAACUUCUAAACAAUGUUACAUGGACUACAUUUAAUAAUCAAGAUUAUCCGCAUUUGGUUCUUAAUGAAACUUUGCAAAUGAGGAAGCAAAUUAGGGGCAGCAUCUAUUCUAUGUGGAAUGAUGUUUAUGAAAAAUAUGGCCGAAAGCCAAUUAUAACAUUUUGAAAUUGUUGAUGAAUGAGUUGAAUUUAAAUAAAUUUGGAAUAUUUUUUAUUUACGUUUAA